GGUGGGCUUUAGUGGGGAAUUUCUUGAUUCGUUCUGAAAUGUUUUUCAAACCUGCAUACUCUUGUUGAACUAAAAAUUUCUCCAGGUUUCCCGCAUUUGAAGCCACUUCAAACCUGUUUAGAUUUUUCGCCCUGAUCCACCACCGGAGUUUGCUACCUCAACACCAGAUCCAUUUAUCCACCGGCCCUCAUCGAAGUCACUCACCGGGGAGGUCCAUUUCUGCCAACAAAUCCGUUAUACACAGUGAAACCAAUUUGACUGAUACGACUGAAAAUGAAAUACUCCAAGAUCCGAAGCAAAUUGACUAGAUGGUUUCAAUAUUACUUCGUCUUUUCCAAGGCUGCCCUGUUAAUCUCCGCUCUGGUGUUCGGCCACAGCCUAGUAGAACAUGCAGUGGUGGACGUGUUGAUGUCAUACAUCAGAGAUACGUGGGAGGACGUACAUCUGCACGUUGCAGCAGCAGCUGUGAGUACGUACGAAGUGACAUCUACAAUAGUAGUGGUUCUUCUCGCUCACGCGUCAGAUGCCUACUUUGGUCAUUUCAAAAUGAUCCUAAUCACCACUAAAACCUACAUUAUUGGGUUGGUACUAUUAUGCAUUACAGGUACUAAGAUUUGGCUGCUCGUUGUGGCUUUGGUGCUAAUCUCGGUGGGCACAGCAGGGAAAGAACCACCGUUGAAAGAAUUCCUGGUUGAUCAGUUAAGGCGCCAUGAACAGAGCCUGGAUGGCAAUAAUGAAUUUCGGGUGCAGGCACGUACGGAGGUUUGGUGGCUCUAUUGGUGGUGCUUGGGAUCCAUCACAGCAACCUUCGCCUUCCCAGAUGUUGACUGGCCAAACACCUUCAAAAUCGUGAUGGUGGUGAUGUUCGUUGCUUAUUGGCUGUUUCGUUUUGGCGAAAGCCUUCCCUAUUGCCAAAGCCCAACCAGCGAAGAAAACCAAACCGGGAAACAAGAAGCAAGCGCCAGCCCGCUUUCCCUUGCAUAUCGCGUUCUUAAGGCUGCAAUAAUGAAGCGACAUCUCCACUACCCUGAUGCAAGCAACUUCUUCAAAAACGACAGUGGUGAACUAAUUUUGUUGCCCAAUAUUCCAUUCUUCAGAUGGUUAGAUAAAGCGGCUAUUGUGGACCCAUUCUCCCUCAGUCCAGAAGAACAAGAAAAACAGGGAAAGCUUUGCUCUGUUGCACAGGUGAAGGAAAUAAAGUAUCUCCUAAAAAUGGUUCCUAUGUGGGCGACCUUCCUGGUGUAUGGUCUGGUUGAAGCAACGGGGAGCACUUUCUUUGUUGAACAGACCUCCAACCUGAGUUCACCUAUUACCAACAGCUUUGUCAAUAUCGUGAUUGCUUUCAAUGCCGUGAAAUCCUUAACAAGCUUCAUAGUUCCAUAUUUGUACGAGUUACUAAUACAACGGAGGUGGAGUGAUGGAAGACAAAAACAAGGUGGUCUGCUAGUGAGAAUUGGUGUUGGAAUGGUUUCGUCCAUCAUAUGUUGUUGUGCUGCUUGGCAGGUUGAGGCGCGCAGAUUGAAUAUGGUUGAUAGAGACGGAGUUAAAGACGACCCAGAUGUGACAAUCCACAUGAGUAUCUUGUGGUUGGUUCCACAAUUCUGCCUGUUGGGAUUCAUGGAAGGACUCGCGGAAGACGGACUCGUGGAUUUCUUCUGUGAUCUGGUAGCUGACUCGAUGAAGAGUUAUGCGAGACCUUUCACUAAUUGCAUACUGAGUAUUGGAAAAUUGGUCAACAUUGCCUGUGUUUUUGUUUUCCGCGACUGGUUCAGAGACAACGUAAACGAUAGUCAUCUAGAUAGGUAUUACCUUAUGCUGACAUUACUAAGCUCCGGGAAUCUAUGCUUCUACUGCUACGUCUCCUACUGGUACAUGCAUGGGGAGGGUGAAGCAGUUCGCGUCCACCCAUCCACAACUUCCGAUGAUGGACAUCAGGAUUCAGUUACCGCAUCUCACCCCAGUAAUGGUUCCCAAUCCACCACUCAGUCUUCACUCCAUCAAGCGACUACGAGUCUCUCUCGUAGACGCUCCAAAACUUUUGAAAUUUAUGGUGGCAUUUGAAGUUUGAACAUCAAUGUUACUGUGAUUUUCUUUCUAUUACUUGAUGUAGCAGUUUUAGCAACUUCGUUGUUAAGUUUCUUGUUGAUAAAUUUAUCUGGCAAGAUCAUUCAAAUUAUUUUAUUAGAUCAAGCAAACCAUACUAACUUUAAUCCUCAAUUCUAAUAAAAUUAUUUGAAAUG